CAGCCGCACACGGCACACGUGAAUCGGCCGAAGAGCAUCCCAUUUCAGUUGAAUUCUUCUAUUCGUCAUAUUGUUUUACAUACAAAUAAAUGCAAUGUGCGUUUUGUAACGGGAUCUGUGAUACUUCAUACACACAUAUAUAUGAAUGAUAGAAAAUAACAUUUCCAACGUUCAAGAUACUGUAUGUAGUUUAGUGUUUGUGACGGAAUUCCUACAGAUCGGAAAUUACUAAUAAUUACCUGUACAGUGGGGCAUUUUCAAUCAAAAAAUGUACUGGUUAACUGCAUUAUUGCUUUUGUCCACGUGCUCAGUGUUUGCCCAAUUUAAUCGCAACAUUUCCCAAUGCUGCGAAGAAAGUUGCUACAGUACUGAUGACCAAUCCCAAAAUACAAGAUUUGCGACUAAAACUGCUUAUGAAUUAGUUAAAGGAGUCAGAGGAGAUCUGUACAGGGUUCCACAUUGUGAACCUGUACAGUUCUGGUUGCUAACCAGACAUGGUACUAGGCUGCCAACUGCCAAAGAAAUAGGCAGGAUGCCACAUUUGGAAAGCUUGCGAGAUGAGAUAAUUCGAAAUUAUCAAGACAGAAAUUCUGGUCUUCCCGAUAGAGGCAGACUCUGUUUUCAAGAUUUGGAGAAUUUAUCGCGAUGGAGAUGGGAUCAUAAUAUAACAGCAAAUCAUGAACAAUAUUUAGUUUAUCAAGGACAAGAAGAUCUCAGACUGUUAGCCAGAAGGUUCCAAUCCAAAUACCCCCAACUUAUGGACUCGCUUUAUAAUCCUAAACAAUAUGAGUUUAGGCACACAGAAACCCAAAGAACCGAAUACAGUUUCAAAGCUUUUGCUGAAGGUCUCUUUGGACCAUCUUCAGUUUCGAUACAUUUACCACCGCCACCAAAGGAAGACAAAUUGCUGAAGGGUUACGAUUUCUGUCCCUUAUAUAUCGAUGAAGAGGAUAAACCAAAACCCGAAUACGAAGCCUUUAAAAAUUCACCUUUAUAUACCAAACUUGUAGAAGAUGUGUCCAGUAAACUUGGUUUUAGAUUUGCUCUGGACAAGGAUGUGGUAAAUGAUAUUUGGGCGAUGUGCAGGUACGACAGGGCUUGGAAACUGGACAGACUUGGGUCGCCCUGGUGUGCGGUUAGCUUUCACACAAACCAAGUAAAAAUUCUGGAAUAUCUCGAAGAUUUAAAAUAUUACUACAAAACUGGAUAUGGUUUAGACAUCAAUACUAAAAUUGGAUGCCCUCCGAUUAAAGAUAUGAUUGAGAAAUUCACAAAAAAGAUCGAUACUAAUGAUGGUCCAAAUGUGGUGGCAUAUUUUACCCAUCAAGCAAUGUUGAACAUGAUGUUGACCACUUUGGGUUUGGCAAAAGAUUCUCGACCUCUGACCGCAGCUGAUUUUGAGAUUAAUGAGAAUAGACAGUGGCGUGUCAGCAAACAAUCACCAUUUACUGGAAAUUUGGCAGCUAUUCUGCACAAAUGUGAUGAGACGCAACCGGAGCCUUACCAGGUCUUAUUUCUCCUGAACGAGGCCCCAGCAGAAAUAAGCGAAUGCAGGGUCGGACUUUGCUCCUGGGAGACUGUCAGACGUAAAUGGGCACUUUUGGCUGACACCUGCGACCUGAAUCAUUUUUGUUUACCUAAUUCGGCUCCUGCAUCCAAUUUAAAUGUCAUUGGUUUCGUAUCAUUGGUAAUAACAGUUUUAUUAUUGGAUCGAUUUAGAGGAAUUUAAAUAAAAUUUGAGGAUAUUCCUGUGGUGAAGUAUAGACCAAUCAAAAUGUAUAAAUUCUAAUAUCUAAAAAUAAUGAAACGAAGCAGGUGAGCAUUAAAACAUCUAUCAAUGAUUGUUCUAAUUUAUCAUAAUAGUAAUUUUGGUUAUUGAAUUGUUGGCAUAUAAAACUUAACAAAAAUUAUAACAUUGUU